AGGGCCAGCCGCGUGCCCUGCACGCCUGGCUCUGCUCGGCAGCUUGCCGAUGAGGAGAGCAGCGGCGGCGUACGGUUCGGGCCAUGUCACCAUUUCUUCGCUUGCUGACCUGCCCUGGAGCUGGGGACGGCGGCAGCACUGCAAAGGUACGCUUUGCGCCAUCCCCUCCUUCCGAAAGGAAUGCCUCCAAGGGGAAAGUUCUCAAUGCAAUGUUUCGCCUACAGAGUUCUCGGAUGUCGGGCAUCUUUUGAGAAGGGGGAGAAGCGGUCCUGCUGCGGCCCGCCGGAUGGGAAGAGAAGUUCGCCGGGUGCAGGGCGCAGCUCGGCUCCGGGGACCCUCCGUACUCCCGCGGGCCGGUUAGGAUGGAGCAGGGACCUUUGCACAGAACCCGGGACUCCGGGGCCGGAACUGGUCGCGUCAGGCACGGCCUCAUUUACCCUCGACCCCGGGGAGGACAGCAACAAGUCCUGCCCCAGCCGUUUCAUCACCCUACCAGCACGUGCGGAUUCCGGGCGCGCGGAGCCCGGCGCGGACCUCGCCUCGACUCGCGCUUUCCUUUGCACGUCCCACGCCACCCCAAGAGUUUGCGCGGCCCUGGGUGGGCGCCUAGUUCCGGGCGAAGCUCCUAGGGCGCGCUACGUGGGUGCACGGUGUCGUCUCCUAACAGCUCCUAGCCGCGGGAGCGCACGCACUUACCUGUGUUCUGCAGGGACAGACGGCCUUUCUGCUGGGAGCCCCUGUCUUGGGGACCCUCGGGCGGAUUGGUGGCGUCAGUCCCUCGCGCCGGGUCGAAGGUGGCCAACACCAAAGCCAGGGUCAUGAACUGGCCCAGCCGCUCGGCACACAUGGUUCUUAGUGUAAACCUCCUGCCCGGAGAUCUGGAUUCUUUGUGCUCCCCUCCUCCUCUUCCUCCUCCUUCGCCGCUUCCCCUUCUCCUCCCACUCUUCCUCCUUGCUCGCCUGUUCCCUCCUCGCGGCCGCGGCUCGGAUAGAGGUUACCCAGCGCCCUCCCGUAGCUCUCCCGAGAGCAUGUGACCAGGCCGUUAGCAGCGCCGCGAGUGCCCGGCAGUGGCAGGGAUGGUGCCUCAAAUAUCCCUGGAAGCUCUGGUGUCACUUGAAUGAAGGAGUCGAGCAGGUGUUGUCCCGGCGGCUGGACCAAUCCGAGACCCCCGCCCAUUUGACAAGACGGCCGGGAGGCGGGGCCUGCGCCCAACUACUACACGAGGAAGCCGAGCGCCGCUGGGACCGCCGAACAAAGUUGGCGACCUGGCGACGGCCACGCGUUUGCGUGCGUGUGAGUGUGUCGGAGUGCGGCCGGAGAUGCGUGCGCGUGUGCGGGUGCUCCAGGGCAAUGGCCGAACGGACUUUAAAAAGUAAAAGCGAAUCCCAGCUCCGGUUGCAGCUAGAGACGGGCGAGAGGGGACGCUCUGCGUUGGCACAGCGUCCCCAUCCCCCUCCCCGGGGCCCCUGGCUCGAACCACACCCGCGUCGUGCUGGGAAAGUUUCCUCUUUCCGAUGUUUGGAAUUCAGUGAGAUUCCCAGCUCCGAGGACUUGACAGAUUGCAGGACUUUCCUGGGCACAGUGAUGCUGGGGGCAAACCGAGCACAUAUGGGAAUUCCUGGCGUUGUGACGCUUUGCAUUAAAAAAACCCCUCAAACUAUGUAAGAUAGGAGCUGAAGCACUAGGUAUAGGACUUGACCUGAAAACUGCUCCAUUUUCCCCCUUCCUUUUUGCCCCGCUUUCGUGGGCCGUGCAACACCUAGGGUGCCAGUUUCUCGCCCCUCCCCCAAUCCAGACGGAUUCCAAACUGGGCUGCAGGGAUCCAGGUGACAGACUGGACUUGCAUCAUUUCCAGGCGGGUGGCAAGGAGGCCCAGGCAGCCCUGAGUCAGCCAGCCGCGGAGCAUCGCGUGCCCCGGAGGCCGGAGCUUGAAGGGCAAGUUUCCGCGUCUCCAAACACACUCUUCAAUUUUCCCAAAGCGCUACUCGCCGCCCGGCUCCGAGUUCCCUUCACUCUCCAGUCCUCGGAUGGAAAUGGUUAAAAAAAACAAAAAACCAAAAAAGCCCCAAUCGAACCAAAACCACAAAACCUGGGGAAAUUCUUUUCAUCUCUUCUCCUUUCUUGUUCGAGAUCCCUCCCCGAGCACGGCCGGGGCUGGAUUGGCCCCGGCUGCUUUCUCCUCGGGCCAGUGGAAGCAGGGAGAAAGUUGGGCGCCGCUCGGAGCGCCUCUUCCCCCGCUGUGUGUGUACGUGUGCACGCUCACGUCUCCCCGGCGCCGGGGCCGGGGACAGGAACUGCUCCGGGCAUCGUCAGUCCGACGGCGCAGCUCUGGGGGCUCGCAGGGCUGGAGGAGGGCGGGGACGCGAGCGCUGAGGCCGGGCGCCCUGCGGCGCUCACCCGGGGUUGACGCGUCCUCGCCCCUCCCCCGCCGUCUCCACCCUCCUCCUGGAGAACAGGACGUGGAUGCCCUGCAGGAGAAGCUGGUACUCUUUGUCAUGGAGCAACAUGCCUGGCCCAGGACUCAGCGAAGCCAGAGAGGGAGAUCCAGCGGGAGCUGUGGAAGCUGCAGCCUGGCUGCCACCUCACGCCAACAAGUGUCACCCUCGAGCCAACAGCCAACUAUGCAGGAAAAAAAACAAGAAGAAGGGGUCAGGGAACUGAGCUGGAUUCCAGAGACGCCAGAGCCACCGCCCCGGGCUUCGCAGGCUCCCUGCAGCCCCCAGCGGGCGGAGGUCCUUCGGCUCAGCGCCCGCAUGUCAGGCUCUGCGGGGUCGGCCGGCGCCCACGGGGCGGAGUCCCGAGCGCCCUCUAGUGGACGGAGGGAGGCACUGCCGAAAGCCGGCGGGCUGACGGCGAGCUCCAUGGGUCGGGGGUCCAGCGGGGGAUGCUGGAGCAUGACCUGACUCGCUCCCCGGGGAACACUCCUGAAAUUCGAGACCCACUCGAAAUAUCAGCCAAAUCAAUAAUAAUAAUAAGUAUAAUAAUCAUAUUAAUAAUCAGUAGAAU